AUGUGGCAAGGGGAAAGCCCUGCGGCUCAUCUGGUAGUGGCUGGUAAUCUAGUUAAAGGUGUAGAGAAUGUCGCUGAAGCGGGGUGGGUCAGCUUCCGAAAGGGUCGGACCAAGUCCGUCGCCGGUCCCACUUGGCCCACCGUCUUCCCAGUGCCCGGCGCGGCCGGCAAGACCUCGCGCCUGGGCAUGGGCCCACUCAUCGACGUUGGCCAACCCCCCUACCUCGGCGCCUUCGUGCGCCGGGAACCAUGUAAUGACGUGGUCAGCGGGGCUGAGCAGCUGACACGGCGGGAGCUAUUCUCACGCAUUCAACGCUACGCUGCAGGCUUCCAGCAGCAUGGUGUCUCAGCGGGUGACCGCGUUUGCGUUCACUUGAGCAACACUAUAGACAACGUGGCUGCUAUGUACGGCUGCAUAUUUGCGGGUGCCUGCUUGGUUCUGGCGAAGACAUCCCUGAGAGAAGGAGAGCUACGCUAUCAGCUGGAAGACAGUGACAGCACGCACGUUCUAUCAGAUGUCCAGUUCGCAGAGAAAGUGAAGAAGGGCCUGUUCACCAUGGGAGAAGCUGAGGGCUUCGUGUCAGCGGCAACCUUCAAGAACAUGAAUGAAGCCUUCUUCCAGGAAUAUCCUGUUGGAGACCCGAAGAACACUUUGCUGGCUAUAAUAUAUACGUCCGGAACCACAGGGCUCCCGAAAGGCGUGGAGUUUACGCAUUACGGAUUCGUGGCCAACCACUUUACAAUGAAGCCAUGUGUGGCUUAUGACGAGACUGACGUCACCUUACUCCCUGCACCCAUCACUCACGGAUCCGGCUUCUUGUGGACAAUGAUGACUGUGCUGGACGGAGUUGUCUGCGUACUCACAGCUCCACGAAUCACGCUGCCAGAGUUCGCCGAUAUUGUUAACAAGUACCAGGUGACCUCCGCCUUUUUCUUCACGUCUUUCCUCCACAUGCUGUGUCAAAAGAUGAUUCACAGCGGACUGCAGCUCCCCACCAUCCGACGAUUGGGAGUUGGAGGUGGAACCCUGACCCAGGCCACGUACAACUCCGCCUUCAAGGCAUUCCGCAAUCUCGAGUGCGUAGUAAACAUGUAUGGCAUGACCGAGGCUUCGGGUCUUGUCUGUUCGCCAACCAUGAGCCAUGCGAGGGGCAUAGACAUCGGAUAUCCCGCUUGCAUGGUUGAGGCUAAGGUGGUGGACAUGGUGUCCCGCAAGAAGCUCGGUCCCAACCAGACGGGGGAAAUAUGCUUCCGCAUUCCCACUGUUAUGCGAGGCUACUACAAACGUCCCAAGGAGACUACAGAGUUUUUUGAAGGUGAUGGGUGGUGCAAAUCUGGAGAUGCCGGAUACUACGACGAAGAUGGUCGCUUCUAUUUUGUGCAACGGAUUAAGGAGAUGAUAAAGUGCAUGGACAAUCAGGUUGUACCCGCGGAGCUUGAGGGACUGCUACUUCGGAUGCACUCUGACGACAUCAUGGAAGUGACGGUUUUGGGACUCGAACACGCCGAAUAUGGAGAGGUGCCCGCAGCCGCCAUCGUGGCGAAAAAACUGGGUGACAAACAUGGGCUCUCCCUUCUCGCUGAAGGAAUCAAGAAAACGAUCGCAGAAAACCUGGCAAUGCACAAGCACCUUUACGGCGGUGUGUUCUUUUUCGAGUCGCUACCUAAAACGGAGACAGGUAAGGUGAGCCGUUCUGCGCUUGCCAAGCUCUGUGCUUCAACAACGCCACUGUGAAGACUGAGAGGGACGUUUCUAGCACACGAAUGAGCUCACUGUGACACUUGGCAUUAUAGUGACAAACGAUGUCUAGAAAGUCAUCAUAAUGUAUUGUUUGAACUCUGAAUUUUAAUCCGAGAAAUAAAUGCGAU